AUGUCGAAACGCCAAGCGGACCUCGAUCUCGAAGCAGAGGCUGAUGUGCGCUCGCCCGCCUCCAAAAAGCCGCGCUUCGCUGGCGUCGACACCGCCCUCGAUGGUCGCGACACUACUACGGAAGACGAUCGCAAUGGCCAUGAUGCAGAGGUGCAAGAAACUGAGGAAGCGCAGGAAAGAGCCGAGUCCCCCGAUGAUCUCGACGAGACGCUGUCCAUAGCUCCACAGCGCCAAUCGCAACCGAUCGACGGAUACGGCGAUUUAUAUCUUGACACAAUCAAUCGCGCUGUACUGGACUUUGAUUUCGAGAAGCUUUGCUCUAUAUCGCUGUCGAAUAUCAAUGUCUAUGCGUGUUUGGUAUGUGGGAAAUACUUUCAGGGUCGAGGCAACAAGUCCCACGCCUAUUUCCAUGCCUUGGAGGUUGGACACCAUGUAUUCGUAAACAUGGAGACGAAGAAAGUUUAUGUGUUGCCGGAGGGGUACGAGGUUAAAAGCAAGAGUUUGGAUGAUAUUAAAUAUGUGGUUGAUCCGACGUAUUCCAAAGCAGAGGUCAUGAAAUUGGAUAAGGAAGUGCAGGAUGCGUGGGGUUUGCUUGGGAAGAAGUACAGACCAGGAUACGUUGGAAUGAAUAACAUCAAAGCAAAUGACUACCUCAACGUCGUGGUCCAAGUUCUUGCUCACGUCACACCUAUUCGAAACUUUUUCCUGUUGCACAACUUUCCAGUUCCUGGCUCCCCUCAGCUAUCCCUGAGGUUCAGCACCUUGGUGCGCAAGCUAUGGAACCCAAAGGCUUUCAAGUCCCAUGUAUCGCCUCACGAACUACUUCAAGAGAUCGCACUACGUUCGUCGAAACGGUUUACACUUACUCAUCAGUCGGACCCUGUCGAGUUCCUUUCAUGGUUCUUGAAUAAUCUCCACCUGAGUCUUGGAGGCUCCAAACGACCGUCAAAAACCCCGACAAGCGUUGUCCAACAGGCAUUCCAGGGACACUUGCGAAUAGAAAGCCAGGCCAUCACAGCUCACUCUGACACGACAAACUCACGUCUAGUGUUUGCCGAGUCAAGCCAGACCAACACGCAAAUAACCCCAUUCUCAAUCCUCACCCUCGACCUCCCACCCACACCUUUGUUCCAAUCGGCGAAUCAAGAAGGCAUGAUCCCACAAGUCCCAUUAACGACUCUCCUAAACAAAUACAACGGACUCACCGCAUCCGAGAAACUUUCUCACCGAGUACGCCAUCGCCUUCUCCAUCCUUUACCCCCAUACUUGCUCUUCCACAUCAAACGCUUCAGCAAAAACAAAUUCGUCGCAGAACGAAACCCAACUAUUGUCACUUUCCCCUCGCCUCGCUCUCUCGACAUGUCUCCAUAUGUUGAACCAAACCCCGAAAUCUGGCCACCGGGCGAACCCAUCAUCUACGACCUCGUCGCAAACAUAAUCCUAGACGCCGACGCUCCAGCCCCCGGGGGUGGCGACGAUUCUGCAACUCCAGACAGGGGGCUAGCAGCUGCAGCAGCCGCCGGGGUCGCUGGCGCUGCUACAUCGUCUACAGCAACAACAGGUGCCGGAGCCGGCAGCGAGAAAGUCUCAUGGCUUGUUCAACUGCAUGACAAGGCCAUGGCUACCGAGAAUGCCAAACAUCACCACCAGCAUGCCCAGCAGCGGGGGCCAGAGUGGCUUGAGAUUCAGGAUUUGUAUGUUCAGCGAACUGAAAGUGAAACUCUUUUUACGCGGGAAAGUUAUCUUAUGGUUUGGGAGAGGCGGAAAACGCCGGGGAAGAAGACUGCCAAGUAG